GCCAUUUUCUUCCCGCCAAUUGCCGGCCUGAAGAAUCGUCUUCGUAUAAAUUGGAGCAAUUACCCAUCGGAAGAUGUAUAUAAUUCUGUAGUGUCGAGGUGUUCGGAGCGCUUGAAUCUUUACUUUUAACGUAAACCCUAGAAUCCAUCUCUGUAUCUUGCAGAUUAAAGCCCCAAAAUGGAGGGAGAUUUGCUGGAAAAGAACAAGCUUCCCGAGCUCAAACUCGAUGCUAAGCAAGCUCAGGGGUUUCUCUCGUUCUUCAAAACCCUACCGCAUGACGCUAAGGUGGUUCGGUUCUUUGAUCGCCGGGAUUACUAUACCUCUCAUGGCGAGAAUGCAACUUUCAUUGCAAAGACCUAUUACCAUACUACUACUGCUCUACGGCAACUGGGUAGUGGAUCUGAUGCUAUUUCUAGUGUUAGUGUAAGUAGAAAUAUGUUUGAGACCAUUACCCGUGAUCUUCUCUUGGAGAGAGCAGACCAUACUCUAGAGCUGUAUGAAGGAAGUGGGUCAAAUUGGAGACUAACAAAACGUGGUAGCCCUGGAAAUUUAGGCAGUUUUGAAGACAUUUUGUUUGCUAACAAUGAUAUGCAGGAUUCUCCUGUGAUUGUUGCCCUCAGUCCCAACUUCUGUGAAAAUGGGUGCACUGUAGGAAUGGGCUAUGUUAACCUUACUAAAAGAGUAAUAGGUCUGGCUGAAUUUCUUGAAGAUAGCCACUUCACAAAUGUGGAGUCAGCUUUAGUUGCUCUUGGUUGCAAGGAAUGCCUUUUGCCCCUUGACAGUUCCAAAUCCAUUGAAUGUAAACCUUUACAUGAUGCUUUGUCAAGAUGUGGUGUGAUGCUAAUGGAAAGAAAGAAAAGCGAGUUUAAAGGAAGGGAUUUAGUGCAGGAUCUUGGUAGGCUUGUGAAAGGUUCUAUUGAACCAGUUCGGGAUUUAGUAUCUGGCUUUGAAGUUGCUUCUGGGGCUUUGGGUUCAUUGCUGUCCUAUGCAGAAUUACUUGCUGAUGAGAGCAACUAUGGAAAUUAUAGCAUCCAACAAUAUAAUCUACACAGCUAUAUGAGGUUAGAUUCUGCUGUAAUGAGGGCUCUGAAUGUGGUGGAGAGCAAAACAGAUGCAAACAAAAAUUAUAGCUUGUUUGGUCUUAUGAAUAGAACCUGUACUGCAGGGAUGGGUAAAAGAUUACUGCACAUGUGGCUCAAACAGCCAUUGUUAGAUGUGAAUGAAAUCAACUCAAGGUUAGAUUUGGUACAAGCAUUUGUAGAGGAUACUGCUCUUCGCCAGGGGUUGAGACAGCACUUGAAACGAAUUUCUGACAUUGAGCGAUUGAUGCGCUUUGUUGAGAAGCGUAGAGCUAACUUACAGCACAUAGUAAAGCUUUAUCAGUCAAGCAUUAGACUUCCAUACAUUAAAAGUGCAUUGAAAGGGCAUGAUGGACAGUUUUCAGCACUUGUCAAGCUAAGGUAUCUGGAUGAACUGGAUGUCUUGACUGAUGACAAUCACUUGAAUAGGUUCAUUGCUCUUGUGGAAGCUGCUGUUGACCUUGAUCAACUUGAAAAUGGGGAGUACAUGAUUUCAUCUAGUUAUGACCCAAGAUUAUCUGAACUCAAGAAUGAGCAAGAAUUAUUGGAAAGUCAAAUACAUAAUUUGCACAAACAAACAGCUAAUGACCUUGACUUGGCUGUAGAUAAGACUCUCAAGUUAGAUAAGGGCACACAGUUUGGACACGUCUUCAGAAUUACAAAGAAGGAAGAACCAAAGAUUAGGAAAAAGCUCAACACCCACUUCAUUGUUCUUGAAACUCGGAAGGAUGGGGUGAAGUUUACAAAUGCAAAGCUAAAGAGGUUAGGGGACCAAUACCAAGAGAUUGUUGAGAAUUAUAAGAGUUGUCAAAAGGAGUUGGUUGCCAGGGUAGUUCAAACUGCUGCAACUUUUUCUGAGGUUUUUGAGUCUUUAGCUGCGUUGCUUUCUGAAUUGGAUGUCUUGCUCAGUUUUGCUGAUCUGGCUGCUAGCUCUCCCAGUCCCUACACAAGGCCAGAGAUUACCCCGUCGGAUGUUGGAGAUAUUAUAUUAGAAGGGAGUAGACAUCCUUGUGUCGAGGCACAAGAUUGGGUGAAUUUUAUACCAAAUGAUUGUAGACUUGUUAGGGGAAAAAGUUGGUUCCAGAUUAUCACAGGGCCCAAUAUGGGUGGAAAAUCCACAUUUAUUAGACAGGUUGGUGUGAACAUCUUGAUGGCACAGGUUGGCUGUUUUGUUCCUUGUGACACAGCUAGCAUUUCUGUUCGUGAUUGCAUAUUUGCCCGUGUGGGUGCAGGGGACUGCCAGCUACGUGGAGUUUCUACCUUUAUGCAAGAAAUGCUCGAGACUGCUUCAAUUCUUAAAGGAGCCACAGACAAGUCACUGGUAAUAAUUGAUGAGUUGGGACGUGGAACAUCAACAUAUGAUGGAUUCGGUUUGGCUUGGGCCAUUUGCGAGCAUCUUGUUGACAUCAUUAAAGCACCAACUUUGUUUGCAACCCAUUUCCAUGAACUCACUGCAUUAGCUCAUGAAAGUGUAGAUCGUGAGGUUGCUUCAAGGAGAAUUGUUGGUGUUGCAAAUUAUCAUGUCAGUGCACACAUUGACUCAUCAAGUCACAAGCUGACCAUGCUUUACAAGGUUGAACCAGGUGCUUGCGAUCAAAGUUUUGGUAUUCAUGUUGCUGAAUUUGCAAACUUCCCUCAAAGUGUUGUAAGCCUUGCUAGAGAAAAGGCUGCAGAGUUGGAAGAUUUCUCACCUAUCACUCUAAUUUCAAGUGAUGCUAAACAAGAGGUUGGAUCCAAACGAAAGAGAGAGCAUGACCCUGAUGAUAUAUCAAGAGGUGCUGCUCGGGCUCACCAGUUCUUGAGAGAUUUUUCUGAAUUGCCCCUAGAGAACAUGGACUUGAAGGAUGCAUUGGAACAGGUGCAUAAAUUGAAGAAUGACUUAGAGAAGGAUGCUGUGAACGCUCUCUGGCUUCAGCAAUUCCUAUAAUUUCUCCCACCCCCUGGCUUCAGCAUUUAUUCUUUUACCCUCAAAAAGCCCUUUACUCUUGCCACAUUUGGAUGUUUGCAUAGCCUUGAUGCUGUAAAUGUGAUGGCCGGCAACGGUUAACUCUCAAGCAGGCUCUUGGGGAGCUCAAGACCUUGCCAACUUCUCUACUUGUGCCUCCUUUCGGCAUCUUUUGUGAGAAGUCUUCAGAUUGACUAGUUCUCAUCCAUCCCCAAUUCUUCCGUUUCUCGCUCCAGCACACGGACCCGGUGAUUGCGUACGUACUCGUCUAGGUUCUCAAUGGGCGUGAAAAGAAUGAACUGGGUAAUUUUCUGUUUUUUGGGUCUGCAUGGUCUUACAUGGGAAGUUAACCGUCGGGGGGGGGGGGGAAAUGAAUGCCUCUUGUAUAGGUUUCACAUCUUAACAUAGCCAUUGUCUUAAACAAUGGCUUCUCAGUCCCACUGCUGCUAUUGUGAGUUUUUACAUAUUUUGUCCAUUGAAGUAUGCUUGUAUUAUGGAUUUAUCUAAUGUCAAUCUGAUAAUUUGCUUUGAAGGGAAAGUGGAAGAGGACUGCAUUAUGGGAUU